UUAUUUCUGUUCAGUUCAAUGGAGUCGAUAGUGCUAUUUCUUGCAACAGUGACGCUAAUAUGCCUGAUACAAGAAAACCAAUCCAUAGUACAUAAUGACGUAAUAGUGAGAACAGAUAUUUAUGAUAAGAAGCCAGCAUUUUUCAAAAUCCCCAGAUUCAUUUACGAUCAUGCCAGGAUGAAAAACUUUGUCCAGGUUCGUACAGAACGUGGGUUUCGCUACAAAAUGAAACUUUAUUGCUUCCCUAAAGACCCCAGAUUCUGCUUCUUUUUUGAUUACUGUGGGAACGUAGCUGGAGUCCAAAUUUCCAUUCUGAAAGCCGAUGUGAAAAACGUCAAACCAGAAAUAUACAAUUACACAGCAGUUAAAGAUUUCAUACACACAAGUUUUUUUAGAAUACCAGCUUAUUCAGUCAGAGUAUAUUUCACUCAUCCAGAUCGUCUUACGACUUGUCGUCGAAAUACUUCUGAAGUAGACGAAGGCAUUUGGACAUCCAUAGACAGCAAAAUUAUUGAGAUUCCUAGGUGUCAACCCAACGGUCUAAAGGCAGGAACCUUUAAAAUGCAAGGUUGCUAUCCAAGAAAAGGAACAGUAUUCAUAAACAAGUUCGGCAGCCAUGAUUCAUGCAAAGAGGCCUAUAUGCUCUACGCGCUGUAUGACCGAUAUUCUCUAGUUGGAUUCGGAUUCUUCGGAGUCGGCUACGGUACUCCGGGACCCCUCAGAGAUUGGUACACACAUGCUACGGGAAAACCGCUUAAGGAUCUGCUUCCAGCACCACCGCCAUGUUUUGAAGAUCUAAAACAGUUCAACUUCACUUCUAUUCACGUAUUUCUAGUUGACAAUCCGAGGAAAAUAACUUGCCAUGGGUGCAACGGUUAGUCCUGGAUGCGUUUGUAUCUUCCAUUUCAG